AUGAUAAACCCUAAACAGGUUUCUGAAUCAUCUUACCCAAGAAGUAACUUGUAUAUACUCCUAAGUGUGAAGCUGGAGCCAUUUCAAUCAAUUCAGGGUAGAAAUGCCCUUAACAAAUCGAGGGAAAAUAUCACUGGAAUUCAAAGUAGGGAUGGGCUGAAGGAAUUGUCUUCUGAGAAUAAAACUGCUGCAGUUCAGGAAGAAGUGAGGCGAAUGAGCCGACUUCCUUCAACUAGUAGUUAUGCAGUUCAUCGCCUUAAGGUCCUCAACAAAGUCUUGCAACUUUUGUCUCUUCAGAGGAACACAUCACAGGAAGAGGAAUUGGAGCUGCUCCUUGCUUCACUUUCUUUGUCCUAGAAAUGGCCAGGUUUAGUAAUUUUUUUCUAUCUCGUGAACACAAUAUGACCAUAUUAUCGUACCUUUCUCCUAGUUCUUGGAGGAGUUGUAAAGUUUUCUUGAUGCAUUUCAUUUAACAUGUUCUUCAUGAGUACAAUAAUUCACUUCUGAUGCAUAAGCUCACAAAUCUAUAUAGAACUAUGCUUUUAAAGUUAUGAAUUUACUA